AUGCGAGCUAUUGUAUUCCUGUGUCUGCUGGAGGCAGCGUUCGUCCAGGCUGGUGAUUAUUCCUGGGGUGGACCUGGCCAAAACACGGAAAGUAGAGGCGGCGAUCCCAACGCGGAAGAAGUGUGUCUCACGGACCAGGCGUCGUGUGGCUGCUGUCUGAUGCAGCAACAGAUACACAGGAUGAAGAUGUUCUUUAACAUGAGCCUCCAUGAGCUGGAGAAGGAGCUGAUAAAAACAACAACCGUCCUCAACAAUGUCAGAGCCAGCCGGAGUGCCUUCUCCGUGGCUCUGACCAAUGGCAAGAAUCUGAAAUGCUUCGGCCCCUUCCGUGACGACAAGCUCAUCAUCUAUGAACACAUCUUCAUCAACCUCGGCGAUGGCUACAGUGCAGAGACCGGUAUCUUCACUGUUCCCCGCUCUGGUGUCUACAGCCUCGCCCUCACCGUCUACAGCGAUGCGGGUUCACCUGGCAACACCCUGGCAGCCUGCGCCAGUCUGCGGGUUAAUGGCCAGGUGGUGGCAGGGCCCAGAGAGAAAAAUAUGCAAGACCAAGAGGACAGUGCUACUAUUGUUGUGGCCCUCCACCUGCAGGCUGGGGACCAGGUGGCUGUCAACCUGCCCAUUGGAUGCUUCCUCUGCGAUGACAACAGCCACUAUAACACUUUCACUGGUUUCCUGCUGUACGCUACUGACUAA